AUGUCAUUAUUCUCAGCUAUAUACGGUACUUUCGACGUCAUUGUAUCAUCUUUCAUCAGCCUACCAUAUCCCACAGCCGAUGCCAGCAUCAAACAACAGACCAUUAUUGUGACAGGAGCAAACACGGGUCUUGGCCUCGAAGCCAGCCGACACUUGGUGCGCCUCGGGGUAGACAAACUGAUCAUGGGCGUACGAAAUCUGCAGAAAGGCGAAGACGCAAAGCGAGACAUCUUGGCCUCGACCAAGAGAAAAGAAUCUUGCAUCGAAGUAUGGCCGUUGGACAUGGACAGCUAUGACUCUGUCAAGGCGUUUGCAUCUCGCGCUGCAACUCUACCUCGUCUAGAUGCCGUGCUGGCCAAUGCAGGUAUCCUCACGCCAACCUUCAGCAUUGUCGCAGAUAACGAAAGGACGAUAGCGACAAAUGUGGUCAGCACUUUUUUGCUGUGUCUGCUUAUUCUUCCGAAACUUCGUCAGUCUGCAGAACAGUUCAGUGUUGUGCCAAGACUCGUGAUUCCAAAUUCAGCAUUGCACUACAUGGCGCCCGUGAAAGAACUAGACGUGAAGGAGGGGGAGAUAUUCAAGACGCUGAAUGAUCCCAAGACAGCCGACAUGGCGGGCCGCUAUCCACUGUCAAAGUUACUCGUUCUCUACGCCGUCCGUGAACUAGCAGACCGGACCAAGUCUUCGCAAAAGCCUCUGGUUGUCAUCAAUACCCCCAAUCCUAGUUACUGCAAGUCUGGGCUUGUGCGUGAUGUGGAUAUGGGGUUUUCAGAGAGAAUGAUGGAGAGGAUGCUUCCUCGAAGCACGGAGAUGGGCAGUCGUGCGCUGGUUCAUGGAGUAUUAUCAGGUGUGGAAAGUAAUGGACAGUACUUGUCAAAUUGCCAUGUUCACACGCCAGCAUCUUCAGUAACCAACACCAAGGGCAAACGAAUACAAAAGAGCUUCUUCAAUGAGCUGAUGGGGAAGUUGGAAAAUAUUGCGCCGGGGAUCAUGUCAGAUGUAUGA